CAAUCGCUACUUUUGCUCUUCACCUGACCACUCAGUACUCAUUACUCAAGCUCGAAUUGCAAACUCAACAGACAUACGUUUUGAAAGAAAAUGCAGAAACAAACCAACAGCUAUGGUCAACUAUUGCCUGAUCAGAUAGAUCGUAUCUCCAGUCUUUUUGAUGCCCACCUUGGUCUAUUAGCCGAUGCACGCGAACUGUACCGCGAGAGAGCAGCGUUAGAACGCGAUUAUGCAACAAAGUUGAAGCAGUUAGCGAAGAAAGCAAGCGAAAAGAAGAACAAGAAUGAACUAUUACUAGUCCUUGGAGACAAACCCGACAAGGCCUACACGGAAAGUGUGAUACAACAGAACACCCUGAAUCAUGCAUAUUCUGAGAUCUUAUCAUCGAUGUCAAGCUCUGCUCAGGACCAUAUCAACCUAGCGGAGGCAUGGUCUCAAAUUACGGAAUCUCUGAAGGCUGUUGAGCGCCGCAAUGAUGACUACAAGAAAAAGCAAAUGCAGUUCUUUUCCACGAUUCUAGCUGGACGCGAUAAGAUCUAUGCUGAACGCAUCAAGAGCAAGCAAAAAUAUGACGCCGAUUGCGCCGAAGUUGAAAUUCAUCGUCAAAAGCAGUCUGUUCACGAUCGACACGCGGAGCGCUCAGCGAGACAAUAUGAUCUGCAGAGGCUCGACAUGCUCAAUAGCAAGAAUGUCUAUAUUAUUUCAACUGCAACCGCCAACAACGUGAAGACGAAGUUUUAUACCGAGGACCUGCCACGUCUUGAAGAUUCUUUCCAAGAAUUACAGACUCGUUUAGUGAUGGAUUUCGUUGGUGUCAUGAGAGAGGCCCAGAAUAUCCAAUUGUCACACCAAAAUAUCUUGAAGGACCGUCUUACAGCCGUUAUCGCCGCUUUGAUUGAAGUCCAACCCGAUAAGGAUCAGGCGCUUUUCGCAGAUUACAAUAUCCAUCCGUUCAGCCUACCCAACGACUGGGUAUUUGAACCAUGUUCAAACCACUACGAUACGGGAGAUAUUUGUAUUGAUUCAGGUCCCAAGGUGCUCUUACAAAAUAAGCUCGCGCGCUCGCGAGCUAAAUUGAGAGAACUGGACCAUGUGCUUGGAAAAAAACGGACUGACGCCGAGAAAUAUCAUGUCAUGCUUACAGCUUGCGCCACUAAUAACACCCCUGGAGACAUGGAUGAUGCCAUGAAUAGCUACCUUGACACUGCCCACGAGGUCACUGCCCUCUCGACCUCAGCAUGUGUCCUCAACUCGGAAAUCAACAUGAUCGCGGAAGUCCUGGGGGGCGACGAGGGAGGUUCGAGCCCACACGUUUUCAAGAGCUCGGCCUUUUCGAUACCUACGACAUGCGGAUACUGUAAGGUAUCGAUCUGGGGUCUAAGUAAGCAGGGAAAGACCUGUAAAAGUUGUGGCUUAUCUGUGCAUUCUAAAUGCGAGUUAAAUGUACCUGCGGAGUGCAGUAAUGUUCACGGCAAUUACAAAGCCUCGGAAAUUCUGCAGUCUCCCUCUUCUGCCAUGUCUAUAUCGGAGAGUAGAUCAUCAGUAUCCACCAGCUCCAGAAAAACUCCAAUACCAUCAUCUUCUUCUGUGCCACACAAUACAUCACUUCAUGUGGAAGAAACGCAUCGAUUGGCUCGUGCUAUCUUCGACUUCGCGGCGUCCUCGUCCUUCGAAUUGAAUGUGACAGAGGGUACUGUGGUGCGUGUAGUGGAGGAAGACGAUGGUUCCGGAUGGGUAAAGGUGGCUGACUCCAAUGGUGAGAAAGGGUUGGUCCCUGCGACCUAUUUGGAAGAUGCAGGCGGAUGGCCAUUGGAAAAAUCUGAACCCUCUCAACGAGAUUCUCAGCAAGCGUCAGGCAUAUACGUACGGGCUCUCUACGACUAUCGAGCUCAAGAAUCAGGAGAGCUGACGAUAAAUGAGGGGGACCUCGUUGAGCUGUCCUCUGGAACAAACGGAGGUCAAAACUAUGCAGACGGUUGGUGGGAAGGUAUCCAGAUGGUCUCACCUUCAUUUCAAUGCCGCCUGACUGAUUAUAAUUUUAGGGUUUUCCAGAGACGGGAAGAAGGGGAUAUUUCCCAGUAAUUAUGUGAAUUUAGCUUGAUUAUUUUG